AUCGUCCCAUCGGCGAGGACGUGUAGCGCCAGACGGGAAAAAUUGUUCUACGUACGAUCCACGAGCAAUAAACGUAAAUCCCGCAAGAUUUUAUCUGUGAAGGAUGUAAGUGAUAAGUGAGCCGCUCGCAAAAUUAUCAGUAAUGAAGUGCAACGCGGAAACUUUAAAAUGAAUGGAUUAAAUGAAUUUAUUAGUGGAAACAAAAUAUAUUUCAAGUUAGUUCUGGCGCUAUGAGGGUAAUCCUCACACGCGGUUACUAUAAACUAGUCACGAUUAACGUGUAAUGCCGGUUUAAAAAUAUACCAUUUAUGUCAUGUCAUUUUUAAAUUUGUUCCUCAUUUAAUCUGACGGUUAAAUGUGACAGUCGGAGUAAAUUGUGACAUGGUUUUUGUCGGACUAAUUAAAGGUUUAAGCAGUGCUAUGAUGAAAAGAAGACGUUAGUGAAAUUAAAUAUAAUAUAGUGGUUGUUAAUUAGUAGAUAUUAAUGAUGGCUGAUCUGAAGAAAAUUAAGUGGCAUACGUAUUUUUUGAAUGCGGUUAUGCUUUUCGUCACUAUGAUUUAUGAAGCCGGCGGCCUCCGUACCACGGAACUCCACAUUAGCCCUCGCGUCGUUCAAAGAGGGAGAAACGUUACGAUGGCCUGCUUGUAUCGUCUACAUGAGAGCGAGAUCUAUUCGGUUAAGUGGUACAAGGGCUCGCAAGAGUUCUAUAGAUACUCGCCCCUUGAAUCGCCCACGACUAGAGUGUUACCUGUAAAUGGGAUAAAGGUUGAUAGGUUAAACUCAAACGAGACGCAUGUAGUUUUAAUACGGGUGACACCCAAUCUCAGCGGUAACUACAGCUGCGAAGUAAUACAGAACGCACAUACGUUCCCCCAUUACAUGGCCACAGCGAGACUCGAUGUUGUUGGUAUUGGCGGUCUCCGCGCAACGGAGCUGCGAAUAUCGCCGCCGGUGGUCCAGCGCGGCUCUGACGUCACGCUUGCCUGUAACUACGAGCUGACUGACGCCCCUCUGUACUCCGUCAAGUGGUACAGAGGGCGACACGAGUUCUACAGAUAUUCGCCCACUGAAACGCCGGCCACUAAGAUCUUCCCUUUCGCUGGGAUUAAUGUGGAUUUAGCCAGAUCGAAUCAGAGUCAAGUGGUACUAACGAGGGUUAGCUUCGGGCUCUCUGGUAACUUCAGUUGUGAGGUCACAGCCGAUGCGCCUUCCUUCGCCACGUCUAUUGUUUCUAACACUAUGGAUGUUGUUGUUCUGCCACCCUCAUCACCGAUGGUCCACACGAGCCAGCACUACUACAUGCCGGGAGACGUGCUUCGAGCAAACUGUACGUCUGGUCCAAGUCGUCCACCAUCAGAGCUCACUUUCUUCAUAAAUGACAUUCCUGUAACACCAGGUCUCCACAGCGCGCAGCCUGCACCAGAAGGACUGUUCCUAUCAGAGCUAUUCGUGCAAGUCCACCUCUGGCCAGCGCACUAUGAGAGAGGAGCCCCCAUACUCCGGUGUGAGGCGAAAGUGGGAGACCUGUAUAGGGACAAUGCAGCCGUCGCGUUGUACUCUGCUAAUAGUGACCCUAAGAUAGAAAGAGUAACCUCGCCGGGAACCGGAGCCAAAUUGCAAGUGUGCCAAAUUUUAAUUCUACUAUGUAUCAUCGUGUGGGCUAACAAUACAUAGAGUAUAUAUGUCCUAUGUGUCCUGAGAGAAAACCGAUGCUGUAGAGUAAAGAAACAAAAUAAAUGGAAAAUUAGCGAAACAUCAACAGUCCCAUUGAUAUAUUUUAUGGAAGCGAAGAAACAGCUUUAGUAGGUACAUGACUAAAAUUGUAUAUUUCACAAACAGUGACAAUUUAAAAGAAUACCGUUAAGGAUGGAAUUAAGGACUCCUUGUUUGAUUUUACGCGAGUAUGUAUA